AUGGAAAUACCAUUCAAAUACCUGCACAGGCCACAGCAAUCAAGUCAGCGUGAUUUCGUUAUACAAACCAGCAAGUUUCGAUCAUUGGGUGUUGAUAUCGACUUUUCCAUUCUUUGUGGAGGCAAGCGAGUACAAGGGUGGCAAUGUCCAAAUGUUUCGAUAGGUGAUCAAAUCGAAUUUUUCGCUAAAGUAUUCUUGAACGAGUGCAAAUCAGGAGGCGAUAUUGCGGUUUCUAUUGGCGCAUAUGGUUAUCAAACCGUUUCUGCUAUGUAUAUCACACCAUCAUGUGGUUGUGAAUGUGAAAAAGUGCAGAAUCAGGAAAAGCUAUCACCAUUAUGUUAUGGCGCAGGUGAUUUAAUUUGUGGUGUAUGUGAAUGUCAACCAGGUAAAGGUGGAAAUCACUGUGAAUGUGACUUAAAGCAGCACAGCGCCUUAUCAGCUCAGGAAUUGGAAAAUAGAUGUAGAAAAACUCCGAAAGAUUUAGUUUGUAGCGGUAAUGGUCAGUGUAAAUGCGGUAGCUGUGAUUGCAGCGUCGAACACGUUCGUGGAGAUCAUUGCGAAUGUAAAAAUAUGUCAUGUCCAACUUCUAAUGACAGAAUGUGUGCAAGCCAGGGUGAAUGCAAAUGUGGCAAAUGUCAUUGUGAAGAAGGUUAUGCAGGUGAUGAUUGCUCGUGCACUCUCGAUACUUCUUCAUGUCUAGAAGGCGGAAAAAUUUGCAGUGGACAAGGUAGCUGUGAAUGUGGAAAAUGCGUUUGUUAUGAAGGUUUCACAGGAUUAACUUGUGGAGUAGUGGCUGAAAAUGAGGCAUUAGAUGAUGAAAUGCCUGAAUCGUCUGAUGAUGAGGUAACUGAAAAUAAGGUGAAGGAGGGCGAAGAAUAUGCUGAAGCAACAGAAGGAUGUGAAAUGGAUGGUCAAGAAGGUAUGAAAGCUGGUGAAACAUUGCUAUCAGUGGAUGAUGAUACUGGUAGUACAUCAGCUGAAUUAACUGAGACAAGAGUUGAAGCUGGUGACAGCAGUAAUGAUGAUGAUGAAGGACAAACUGCUGGUUGCUUAUGGAUAGAAAUUCAUUCAUUAAUUUUAUUAAUAUCAUUAAUGAUGCUUUUUUGGCCUUAA